GGUGCCCUGCGUUUUGUCUCCCAGGUUUCUGUCCCCAAAGACCUGGUGGCUGUGAUGAGUGCCGUGAGAGACGGACAGGAAGUCGAUCCUCAGGACAACAACCGCAUCAUCUACCGCUUCAGACAGCCGGUGGCCAUGCCUUCCUACCUGAUCGCCAUCGUGGUCGGAGCUCUGGAGAGCAGGGAGAUCGGGCCGCGGUCCAGAGUUUGGUCUGAGAAAGAGUUUGUGGAUAAAGCAGCGUUUGAGUUUUCUGAGGUGAGUCAUGACAAACACAACCAUCAUCACACUGGAUUAACUGUAACCAGCCCGAGCCUCACACUCAACCAGUCUGUCAACUGGAGAAGCUACGGAGACAUCGAAGUAUGUUACAGCAUAAAAACGUCCUGGUGUAGUACGUAAUUGGAAAACAGUCACCAUAAAGUGUGACAUAAAAAACAAAGUAUUGCAUGUUAAACAUAUCCGAAAACGUAAUUAUGUAGCAUGUCAAAAAUGAAGUCGUAUAGCAAAAAACAGCCAAAUAACCAAUAAUGCCAUACUAU